AUUCGGUCGUUCGGUAAUGAUGACCGUCACGUGAUGGCGAAGCAUUCCGGAAUCUACCCCUCCCCGUCGGAACUCGAGGCCGUCCAAUCGCUGGUCUCCACCGUGGAGUGCGCUCUCAAGCACGUCUCUGAUUGGCUGGACCAGAACCAGAACAGCCAACCACAAGCCUCCACCAAUGCUUCCAGCCAACCGCAAGAGGGUGACGCCCCCAAAGACACAAGCACAGACCAAUCAGCUGACAGCAGCAAUAAAGAGCCCAGCAGUACCAGUAGCACCACCAGUAGCACCGGGUCUGCUGGUUCCAAUAGUUCCGGGUCUGCUGGUUCCAAUAGUUCCGGGUCUGCUCCGGGUAGUUCUGGUUCCGGAUCCGGUGGUGGUGGCGUGCUGUGCGGUGUGAUCCGCAUCGGGCUGGUUGCCAAGGGGCUGCUGAUUAAAGACGAUUUGGACCUGGAGCUGGUGCUGAUGUGCAGAGACACACCCACUGAGGACCUGCUCAACACAGUGGCAGAGAACCUGCCCACGCAGAUACAGAAGCUGUGUGAGGAGACCUAUGAGGUCACUUCCUGCGUCCCCCAGGCGGCCAUCUUGGUUUCCCGCGGCAUCGACCCCAAACUCACCCUCAAGGUCACGCUCACCUCCCCGCGCAUCAAAGAUGACAUCAAAGAUGACAUCACAGAGGAAACACCCCCCAACGCCACUGAUGAGGAGACGGCGGUAGAGGGCGCUGGCGUGCAGGGGGGCGUGUCUUCAUGCCUGGAGGCGGGGCAUCUGUCCCGGGGGCGGUGCCUGGCUGCGUUGGCGUCCCUGAGGCAUGCCAAAUGGUUCCAGGCGCGGGUGAACGGUCUGAAGUCGUGUGUGAUCAUCUUGAGGGUUCUGAGGGACAUGUGCAACAGGAGCCACACCUGGCAACCGCUCAAGGGAUGGCCAUUGGAGUUGAUCUGUGAGAAGGCCAUCGCUACCUGCAAUCGACCACUAGGGGCAGGAGAGGCCCUGCGCCGGGUGAUGGAAUGCCUAGCAAGCGGAAUACUGCUACCAGGUGGUCCAGGUCUUCAUGAUCCGUGUGAGAAGGAGCCAACGGACGCGCUGGUCGCCAUGACAACAGGGGAGGCGGAAGCCAUCACACACAGCGCACAGCAAUCUCUGCGUCUGAUGGCGUUCGGCCAGAUCUACAAGGUGCUGGAAAUGGAGCCGCUGCCCUCAAGCAAGCCCACUCAGAAGUGGCCAGACAAGGAGGGAGUGGGUGUGAAGCGUCCGUAUGAGGAGAGUCUGGGCGACGAUAAAGACCUGAUCAAGAAGAUGAAACGCAACCUCAGGAAAGUUCUGGACAGCAAGGCCGUGGACUCCAACGCCCCCAUGAAUGCUCUGAUGCGCCUGAACCAGAUCCGGCCCGGGCUCCAGUACCGCCUGCUGAGCCAGUCCGGCCCGGUACACGCCCCGGUCUUCACCAUGACGGUGGACGUGGACGGAACUCCGUACGAAGCAUCAGGAUCAUCGAAGAAGACCGCCAAGCUACACGUAGCAGUCAAGGUGCUCCAGGUGAUGGGAUACCCGACGGGUUUCGAUGCCGAUCUGGAUCCCAUGAGUGCAGACGAGAAGUCGGACGGCGAGGGGAAGAGCGAAGCCUCCACACACACACACUCACACUCACACAGCAAUAACACACACACACACACCAGCGACAGCAGCAACACACUGGAGGUGCGUACUCAGGGCCCUAUCUUGACUGCUAGCGGUAAGAAUCCGGUGAUGGAGCUGAAUGAGAAGAGACGAGGACUCAAAUACGAACUGAUAUCGGAGAGCGGAGGGAGCCACGACAAACGCUUUAUCAUGGAGGUUGAGGUUGACGGCCAGCGUUUCCGGGGGGCGGGGCCUAAUAAGAAGGUUGCCAAGGCGAGUGCGGCCCUCGCUGCUCUCGACAAACUCUUCACCGGGCCCAACGCACACACACACAAGAAGAAGAAGACACUGCCACAGCAGACUUAGGGGGUUUCCAUGGCGGCGUCUGCGAUGGCGUCGGCGGUGGCGGUUCAGGCGGCGGUGAGAGGAAGAGGACGAGCGGCGCUCGCUAGAGGGGGAGGAGCCUUCAUCAGCACCGCCCCCGGAUACCUCACACACACACACACACCAGGACUCAACACAGGGUUCGGGACUCCAUACGGGUACAGUGCAGCUGCUGCAGCUCCAGCUUACGGUGGUCUUUUCCUAGACAAUCCGUUCUACCAGCCGCGGGCGCUCGCUCCCUUUAUAAUCCACCUGGGUCCCCAAGAUCUCUUCUCCGACUUCUAGACCAGCAGGCCAGCAGGGGGCGCCGCUGCCCUCUAGUGGCCACCGAGCCAAACAACCAACCAACGGCUCUCUCUUCCUCUUCCUCUUCCUCUUCUUCUUCCACUCUGCCUGCCUGAUUCACACAAGGCGGUCAGAGCACACACACACACACACACGCUCUCUCACACACACACACACACACACGCACAAGCAAUCUCUCUCUGUUCUCCUUCUCUCUCCUUUGCCCUUUCUCCUUUCUUCUCCUCUCCUCAUCUCUUCUCUCUAUCCCCCUCUCCUCUCCUCUCCUCUCUCUAUCCCCCUCUCCUCUCCUCUCUUCUGAAUUCUUCAGGCCAGGUGAUAACCUGUUCUCAAAUAAAAGAA